UAUGGAGGACGAUAUCGACCUCACUGCUGCCACUACCAAGUCCCUCACGCGCCUUCGCAAGGAUGACCUCGUUCGGCUGUGCGAGUCUCGCGACAUCGACGUCUCCGGCACCAAGCCUCAGCUCGCCGAAGCUUUGGUGAAGUGGCGCGACACCCACCUCAUUGACCCGUCGCCCUCGUCAACUGGCACUGUCCGUCCGCCUUCGACCAUCAAGCGUCGGCCAGGCCUCAGGAACCGCUCAGACGGUGGCAGCAUCAGCCCACCCGUCCUCGAGCGCUCACAUCGCGUGCACCUGGAUGAGCCGAAGACACCGCCGCUGUCGCCGUCAAAUGACAAGCAGCCGGAGCCGGAACUCGAGCUUGACCUAGAGGCGUUGGGCUUGAAUGACCGCGAAAUCCCGCCAGAGAAGAUCACGAAGCUGGAGAAGAUCGGGAGCGGUGGCUUCAAGGAUGUCUUCAUCGGCAAAUGGGGCAAGCGCAAGGUCGCGAUCUCCGAGUUUAGGGGGCAGCUUACCGAGAUGGACAUCAAGGAGUUGAAGUUGCUCGGUGGGUUCAACCACGAGAACAUUGUUCGCUUCUUCGGUGUCAGUAUCCCCGAGAACUCGAGGGAGACGCCGGUCAUGAUCAUCAGCGAGCUCUGCACCAAUGGUGACCUGUUCGACUACAUCCGCAACGUCGACGCACCACCUCUGCACCGUAUCCUCCGCAUCAUGCUCAGUGUCGCCAAGGGCUUGGAGUACCUGCACUUGCGCAAGCCCUCCGUCAUCCAUCGCGACUGCAAGUCUUCGAACAUCCUUAUCACGAGGGACGGUUCGGCGAAGAUUGCGGACUUUGGCUUGGCCAAGGUCAAGCAGUCGACGCGGUCGAUGGUUCGCAGUCUGGUUGGCACAGUGAACUGGCAGGCGCCGGAGCUAUGGCACGCGCACCCGAAGUACAAUCACAAGGUGGAUGUAUUCUCAUGCGCCUUGGUCUACUGGGAGAUGAUGCAAUGGCAUCUGCCCAAGUCGAAGCGCAAGUACCCGUGGGAGGGUAUGAACGAGCACGCUAUCUACGAGGCGGUUGGGUCGAAGCGCCAGCGUCCGUCCGUCGCCGGUCUCCGCAAGCAAUAUUGCCCGGAGAUUGUCGACCUCAUGGAGCGAAUGUGGGCGCAGGAGCCCAAUGAGCGACCGACGAUGUCGCAGGUGGUGACGGAGGUCGAAAGCAUCCUGAAGCAGUACAAGCGCUAGAGUGUUCUUGGGACUUCUCAUCCGGUUCUCUUUUCUACCCUGCAAGCAUUUUUGUAUCCAGCAUCAUCAUCACUAAGUACCACCGCAUCUCUCAAAUAUCGCAGUUUAUUCCCUCACCUAUUAGCGCAUGUAUAGGCUCAUCGUAGGGCACUCCUCAUCAUAGCGUAUUGUACUCAAUGCAAUUCGUG